AUGCUCCCGGCGACGGCGCUGAGCUGGCAGUCCAACGUCGACAUCCCGAUGCGCCGCAUGAUGAUUCAAAAGCUCAUGUGGCUCUUCCAGCACCAAACGACGUUUGUGCAGGCCAUGCCACCACUCGAUGCUCGCCUACCGUCGCUCGUGCGCCGCCUCGAGCUCGCGCUGUACCUGCGGGCCGCGUCUCUUGACGAGUACCUCAACGAGCACUCGGUACAGCGCCGGGUCCAAUCGCUGAUUGUCGCGCUCCACCACCAAGCAAUCUUGCAGUUUGCCGCGAGUCCGAAUGCCCCAAUCGCAUUUCACAUAUCGGCCACAAAACGUCCGCGCAACGACGACGAUGGUGACGACGACGAGGCGGUGAUGCACCGCGCCAAGGCCCCGCGCAGCGCGCCAAGAAGCACGUUCUUGCUCGACAACCACGAGGACGUGCUGCGCAACGUGUUUUCAUUCCUCGACGGACGAACGAUCUUUGCAUGCAUGCGCAUCAACCGGUACACGGCGACGUUUCUUCCUUCGUGCGUUCUCUAUUUGCAUGUCCCCCGUCUCGAUGUCUUUAACGCAACCUCAACCGAGCCGCCACCGUCGUCGUCUCAAGCGAGCGAGCUCGUCGUCCUGCAACUCGCACGCGCCAUGGCCCAGAGCGAGCUGCCCAACUUGCGCCGCCUCUCGCUGCACGCUACGUUUGUCAACACACAGGCACGCAACGGGACGGCUGCGCUCUGUGCGGCGCUGCCGCAGUGUCCACUCCUCGAAGAGCUCGUGCUCGGCGGCAAUGCUCUCGGUGAUACUGGCGCCAAAGACGUCGCCAACUGCCUCCUGCGGCAGCACUGCCCGCGCCUGCGCUUGCUGGACCUUCGUCGCAAUUACAUUGGCGAAGGCGGUAUGAAGGACUUGGCCGUCGCCCUCGCGACGCAGCACGCGUCGCCGCUGCGCUGGCUUCUUCUCGGCAGCAACAUUGCAUGUGACGGCGCCGUGAUGGCUCUGGCAUUGGCGCUUGAGAAAGGCCACGUGACGCAGCUCGAGUUCCUUGGUCUCGAAGACAACUUUGUCAACGUCGACGGCAUCCACGCACUCGCGGCGUCCUUCCGAAAGGGAGCGUGUCCAGCGCUCAAGGAGCUCUGCAUCGGCGACAACAUCGUUGAGAACCACAUCAUCCAAGACGUGUUUGCCUUUGCCUUGCAAAAGAAAGCCAGUAGCUAG